AUGAAUUAUCUUGAUCAAGUAGACGAAAUUGCUAAUACUCCCUUCCCACCUUGGUUAUUCUCUUCUUUACUUUUGUAUAGAGGUUUAACUACCACCAAACCAAUUGACAUUGUGGGAUCUUCAGGUUCAUCAGCUCAAUUUGCCAAAACAUUAUCGAUUGCUAAACCAACUAAAGCAUCAUGUUUUACCUUUGGAUUAACCCAUUUAAUUGGGGGAUAUAUGAUUUAUGAUUUUGAUAUAGAUAAUGGUGCUGGAUUUACCUUUGCUUGGUCAACAUUAUAUUUAAUUGUUAAUGGAGGGGCUAGUUUCAAAAGUAUCUUUAGUGGUAGGAUUGCUCCCGCUGGACUUUCAUUAUUAGCUUUAGGUAAUGCAGGAAUUUAUGGUAAGAAAUUCUUUUGGCCAUCAAAGAAACUUUUACCAUAA